UACAAAGUCUCUAUUCCUAUAAUUUCCCACCCCACACCCUUAUUUUCUUAUCUAUAUAAUAUCUAUUCACAACAUAUUGCAAGUUGCAGCAAACCCCUUCAACAUUUUUCACCCUCAGAAUUCAUAUCAUGAGUUUUCAUGAUACAUCAAACACGGGGCUUGGACUUGGUCUUGGUCUUGGACUUGUUAGCUUCCAUGAUCAAUCAGAGAAUUGCAUGAAGAGUACUAAUGAUCCCUUGAGAGAAAUCCAUAAGAUAAAAAAGGUGGAGAAUCCAUCAAAAUGUAACAGCACAUACCCUUCACUUACAUUAGGACCACCAGAUGAUGAUGAUGAUGAUGAUGAUGAAGUGAAUAAUCAACCACCAAGUUCAAAAACUGAGUCCUAUGAAUAUUUUCGUCCCCAUGUUUCUUCUCCUAGUGCGGUGUCUUCAUUUUCCAACUAUUCUAGCAUCAAGAGGGAAAGAGAUCAGGUUUUGUGGGAAAAAGAAUUUGAGGUAGAGGUAGAGAAAGUUCCAACAAGGGUUGGUGAUGUUGACGAAGAUGGUAACCCCAGAAAGAAACUUAGGCUCACAAAAGAGCAAGCCGCAGUCUUGGAGGAAAAUUUCAGAGAGCAUUCUACUCUUAAUCCGAAGCAAAAGCAAGAAUUGGCAAUGAAGCUGAAUCUGCGAGCAAGACAAGUAGAGGUGUGGUUUCAGAAUAGGAGAGCCAGGACAAAGCUAAAGCAAACCGAGUCAGAUUGUGAACUAUUGAAGAAAUGUUGCGAUACUCUAACCGAAGAAAAUAAGAAGCUGCAAAAGGAGCUGCAAGAACUAAAGUCAAUACAAGCAACGCCAAUGCCCCUUUAUAUGCAGAUUCCAGCAGCCACACUUUGCAUUUGCCCUUCUUGUGAGAGAAUAUGUGGUGGCAACAACAACAGUGAUGGCGGCAACAAUAAUAAUGGCUCUUCACACACGACAUCGUUGCUCAUUGGCUCAAAGACACAUCAUCAUUCCUUUUACAAAAGUAACAAGUAUCCAUUCCCCCACUCAUCAUCCGCAGCAUGCUAGAUAUAUAGAUAGUUCCGAGGGUUGUGUUUCAAUGAUGUGAUCAUAUGUAGUCAUUAUUAUAUAGUUUGAUAAUUAGCAUGUAAAUAAAGAUAGGUGAUCAGUGAUUAGUACUAGCUCCACAUGCUUUCUUGUAAGGCACGUGAUUAUAUAUGUAUACUUCAUAAACAGAAAGAUCAAUUCAUAGAGCUAGAUUUUUCUAAUUUGUUGUAAUUUAAUUAUAUGUAAUAUACUUAUGGCCUAUGGGUACAUUUAUAUAUGAAUAACAAUGCAGGGUUUAUCAUAUGGUUC